GGCUUUCCUUCCCUUCCACUUUCCCCAAUUUCGCCAAUUUCAUUUGUUUUGUUACUACCUGCAACCUGCAACGUAAACGUAACCAUCGUUUGCGUAUGUUGAAUUGACAAAGGGGGACGGAGAAGUAAAUUUUACAAGUUUUUAAAACAGUCUACGUUCGCACAGGUAUUAAAAUGACAAUGUUUGAUCCCACGGAGAGAAAGUUUGAGAUUGAAUUAAAAUUAGAAAAUGAAACGACCAAACUAAAAGAGUUAAAAGAAAAUGUUGAACGAAGCAGUAAUCUUACAAAAGGAAUAACUGGGAUACUGUCCUCUUUUGAGCAACGCCUCGCGAGAUUAGAAGAAACUAUCUUACCAGUUUAUAAUGAAACGGGUAAUCUCCAGCGUAGUCAGCAAAACAUCGAGCGAACAUUGGCUGCUCUCGAUCAUGUCAUCGGUUACUACAGUGUUGCACAGGAAGUAGAAGUGACAGUUCGAAGUGGACCUUUUGUUGCGGGUCUAGAUGAAUUCCUGGCUGCAAUGCAGCGGCUACAAACUGCUCUUCACUACUUUGAGAAAAAUAACCCCCAGAGUGUCGAAUUGGAGAAUGUAUCAUCUCUGUUUAACGCUGGUGGUGAUGCUUUAAACAGAGAGUUUAAAGAACUACUUUUAAAACACAGCCGUCCAGUACCUCCCAUCACCCUGCUGGACCUGGUUGCCGUAGACGAAGAGUUGACAACAGACGACGCAUCAGUCAGCUCCUUGACACAAUUCCCUGAGGCUGUAGGAAGUCAGUUGGUGCUGAUGGCAGACUGGCUUGUUGCUCAAGGAAGAGACGAGUUCAUGAAUGUGUACGCCCGAAUACGCGCCACGGUGCUGCUCAAGUCUCUGCACCAGUUGAGAGAACAGCAGCGCUCAGGGAGCGGAGGUAGUGUGCAAGGAGUGGCUGCUUCUCCUGUAGUACGGCCCAAAAAAGAAGGCACAAAACACGAAAAUCCUGGUAAAAGAGCUUCCCACAGGAUGAAACAAAUGUUUGAAAAGAAAUCAAAGAAAAUGUUUCUAAAAGCCUCGCAGACUCUGGAGAGCUCUACGGGUCUGACAUUGGGAGCUCGACGAGCGACGCUACACCUGGUGGAGGCGAGAGAGGACGUCGUGGAUGAGCAGGAGAUGGAGAAUUACCUUGUCUGUGUCAUGGCUCUGCAACGACUGAUGCAGCACGAGCGUACUCUCAUGACAGGAAUCAUCCCCUUGCAGCAUCAGCACCAAGUCUUCCAAAUCAUCAUACAAGAGGCCCUUGACACCAUCGUAGAAGAUGGACAAAAUAUAGCGACUCGAGCGAAACGUUGUAUCGGCCGACAUGAUUUUGGAGCUGUUCUUGUUGUUUUUCCCAUUUUGAAACAACUUUUGAACAUGAGACCCGAGUUUGAGCGAACAGUAGAAGGGUGCGAUUUUAAAAUCCGUUCUCAAUUUACCAAUAUACUCAAUACACUGCAUUUAACAGGUGCAAAGGCUCUUGAAGACUUCAUAGAGAAUGUGCGCAGUGAUACAAGCUCAGGUUUGCCUAAAGAUGGCACCGUGCAUGAGUUGACUAGUAAUGUACUUGUGUUUGCGGAGCAGCUUUUGGAGUACAUGGACACUAUUGCAGGAGUCUUAGGACAAGAUCCUGCCUACAACAACGCAUACUUGCAGAUUCCUAAUCACAACAAAAUUGACAAAAACAAAGCUUUUUUGGGUAUUUACAUAAAGAAAGUUCUGUCUCAGCUGAACUACACACUCAUAACCAAAAGUGAUGCCUACUCAGAUGUUGGUGUAAAGGCAUUGUUCCGACUCAACAACAGCCAUCAUGUUCUCAAAGCACUGCAACGGUCGGCUCUCCUCGACCUGGUAACUAUAUCAGAACCUGAUUGUGAACAAACCUAUAUCAACAUGAUAGAAACACACAAAAAGGCAUACAGAGAAAGUUGGAGUAAAGUCUUGCACCAUAUAAUGAACAAUGAUGACAUUGUCACUUCAGCUGGAAAAUUGAAAGACAAAGACCGUAACACUGCAAAGGAAAAAUUCAGUGGUUUUAAUAAAGAAAUGGAAGAAAUAGCUCGUACUCAGAGAGGUUACUCAAUCCCAGAUGUGGAGCUUCGUGAAAGUCUGAAACGUGACAAUAAGGAAUAUAUUCUACCCAAGUAUAAUGCUUUUUAUGAUAAAUAUUCAACAUUGUCUUUCUCGAAGAACCCUGAGAAAUAUGUGAAGUACUCACCAGAGCAAGUGGCUGCGCUUCUUGACCACUUUUUUGAUGUAGCCGCUUAGUUAUUUCAACUCUCUUCGUAUCACUGAUUAUCAAUAUUCUUUAUAGAGAUUUUAGCUUUAACUGUAUAUAUGUAAAAAACAGCUGUCAGCUUUGAAUGAUAUAUAAUAUAUAUACAUAUUAUGUGUAGUAUUUAGAUUUUAUUGCUUGUUAAUAUUUAUAUUUUAAUAGAUCAGAAGUGUGGCUAGAAAAAUAAUUUGUCAUAAACAUUUUUCCCGCAACUAGCCGACUUAGAAAAGAUGCUUAAGCCUUGUUCCUUUUUAAAAAUCAGCUCUAUUCAUUACCAGUCAAACCUACAGUCAUUGAUAAGAUAAACUGUUGUAUUUUAUUGUAAUCUCUUAUAGUCACACUCCUACCUAGAAAUAUCUAUAUAGGUUUGUUGUAUCGUAGGCAACUUUUGUUGGAAUUGCUGAGCAAAAUCUAUGUAAUUGUACACUUUUAUAUAUAUAAAAGCAUAUUUACACUUUUAUAAUACAGUACUUGUUAUGCCGCUGUAUGUUAGACUACCUAUUUAUUGCAAUCUCAAUGUAUUGUUACAAUCGAUAUAAGCUCUGCACUUCACUCAAAUACAUGGUGUGUGAGUCUUA